AUGACACUAAACCCAAAUAAUUUAUCAUUAAGUGGACUCGGUCCCAGUAGUAUAGAACAAAUUCUACGACUCCGACAAGAGCGUAAUCAACGGAUACCGAAAUGUGCCCGUUGCCGAAAUCAUGGCAUUGUUUCGGCAUUGAAAGGACAUAAGCGUUACUGCAAAUGGAAAGAUUGUCUGUGCGCAAAGUGUACGUUGAUUGCGGAACGGCAGAGAGUGAUGGCGGCGCAAGUCGCGUUAAGACGGCAGCAAAGUCAGGAUGAGAAAGAGGCUAAAGACUUAGAAAUACUACUGGGUGUUGAGAGAGCUGGAAAAUUAUUGAAAUUCAUGCGACAAGGUGAAACAACUACCAAUGAUAAUAGAAGUGAAAAUAUGAUUAAUGGUGGUCUGUCACUUGAGGAAGAGGACAAAGCGAAAUCGCCGCAAUUAAUCAAUUUGCCAUCAACAUCAUUAAUAAAACCGAAGACAUCCUCACCAAAUGCAGCUACCAAUCAGGAAAAUUUCUCCUUUUCAUCCACAACAACACAUCGACGAUCUAGAAACAAUGAUACAGCAGAUCGAGAAAGCAAUAAGUCACCAUUUGAUGUGAUAGAAUCUACGGAAUCUCAACAGCAGAUUUGGUCUGCACAAUGGUCAAAUCCACUAAAUUUUUGCACAUUCCAGCCAUUGGCGCCUCUUCCAUAUCGACCCCAACAUUUCGGACAAACUGUUUUCCCAUUUGGUGUUGGUUGUUACCCCAUCAAUCCAGCGAUGCUGUACACGAAAUCUCCAUUUCCCAGUGUACCUGAAGGUGCAAUUCCACAAAUACUCCCAUGUGACACAUCUCAAACCGCUACACAGUUCUCGUAUAACUCGAUUGCACCACUGCCACCAGUUCAAGCAAAUCCUUUGGAUUAUCGACAGCAUGUCAAAUCUUCCAACUCAAAUGAAGACCUUCUUGAUGAAUGA